AGCGGCCGAGCGCCGGGCAUUCUCGUUCGAACCUCGUUGCCGUUCAGACGUGUGCGCGACGUGCUUGGCUUGUGCGAACCUUGCGGCACCCUGCGGCCCUGCCCCGACUCGUGUGUUUUAUGCCCCAGUGCGUGGACCCAGUGAAGAAAGUGGUUAACUUCAUUUCCUGACUCCGUCAUCACCAUGGGAAUCAACAACCGCUGUGCUGAGAGCAAGGAAAUGCGAGAGAUGGCAUCUCGCAUUUGCAGAGACUACCUCCAUGGUGCUUGGAAGCAGGUUUCAUCUCAUGACAUAGUGCUGAAGCGCAUCAGUGGUGGUCUGAGCAACUGGCUCUACCAUGUGUCUCUUCCUGGUGGUGAGCAAGCUCUUCGAGGAAAUGAACCAUCACAAGUUCUUCUUCGUCUCUAUGGAGAGCUCCACGGAGGAGAACAUGGUGUUGAAGGUCUUAUCACCGAAUCUGUUAUUUUUACCUUACUAUCUGAAAGACGGUUGGGACCUUGCCUACAUGGUGUUUUCCCUGGUGGACGAAUUGAGGAAUAUAUUCCUGCUAGAUCCCUGAAAACUGCUGAGCUUGCUGAUCCCAAGCUGAGUCCUUUGAUUGCUGAAAAGAUGGCUGAAAUUCAUGCAAUGAAUGUACCGAUUAGCAAGGAACCGAACUGGUUGUGGGACACUAUGAACAGAUGGCUUCAGAAUGCAAUGGUAACCUUAAAGGACCCUGCUCCCCACACCACUCCUCGAAAUGCCCACAUUAUCGCCAAUAUUGCCAAACUAGACCUUGCUGCUGAAGUGAAAUGGUUGAAGAAAUUCCUCACACGCGUAAAUUCCCCUGUUGUUUUCUCUCAUAAUGACAUGCAGGAAGGGAAUAUCUUGUUAGUGAAGGACUGCAUCCCAACGAGACUAGUACUCAUUGACUUCGAAUAUUGCUCAUACAAUUAUCGUGCCUUUGACCUGGCUAACCAUUUCUUGGAGUGGACAUACGAUUACACAUUGGAAGAAUUCCCUCACUACAAAGCUGGUCGCAGUGAUUAUCCAUCACCUGAGCAGCAGCUCGCCUUUGUCCGGGCGUAUCUGCAAACUGCUAGACAACAGAGAGAGCACAACUGUGGUGGAACAGUUGACACUAUGACCCCCGGCCAACACCCCACCGAGGAGGAAGCUGUCCUGCUGAAGGAAAUCCGUGCAUUCACUCUCUCCCCUCAUCUUCUGUGGGGGUUGUGGAGUAUUGUCAAUGCAACUGUGUCACAGAUCCCCUUCGGCUAUUGGGAAUAUGCUGAAGAGCGUCUGAAUGCUUACUUUGAAGCUAAAGCUGCUUUUUCAUCAAUGUGCGAUUCUGUUGGUGUGAAGAGGAAGACUGAUGAUGUGGAUUAAAUUCUACUAGCUGUAGAAUUAGACUUGUCUUUUAAGCUGUGAUGAAAAUCAGUAUAUUUUCUUUAUGAAUUUAACUCUUGGCAUCUAAGAAAUGCACUGAAUCUCAGUAAUUUGCUAUAACUCUCACACUGUAGUGUAUUUCAUGUGCAUUUAGAAAGCUCCUUAAUUUAUUUCUUCAUUAAUUCAUUACAUUCGAUGGUCAAAGCAGAUGGCCUUAUAUUUUAUUUAAUCUCAUCACUGGGAUGAACAAAAGUGAUAAUGGAAGACAGAUGUGUGAUCUUGAAUGAAUGUUAAUAGUAUGAAUGUGUGUUGCAUGUGCGAGUGUGUGUGUACUGACCUGUUGUGAACAUGUAGUGAACAUGUGUAAUUUAUUCUAGUGCCCGAUUCCGAAGAGAGUUUUAUGAGUGAGUCGGUUUGGCGCGAGUGCCAAUACGAUGCUUGUGUACCUUACUAUGUGUAUAGUCCUGAUCUUGUUUUUUAAAGCCAUGUAUAAAUGAUUUUUGCCUUGAUCGUGCUUUUUAACCUUAUUUCUCGUUUUUAUUUGCACACAUUUUGUUGUUAAUUUGAAUAUGAAAUUUAAUUUUAUUUAGCCGGUGAAGCAAACUUAAAAUAAAAUGUCUAGUUAGUGCUACACUGCAAUUAUUGCAACAAUGUGAUACGCAUCAUGUAAAUUUUCCACUGGGCAAUCCAUAUGCCUUGUCUUUUCCUCUGCUUUCUUCUUUCUUUCUGUCUCCAUGUUGACUUAACCGUGUUUCUAUUUUCUUCUUCCUUUUUCAUCAUUAACUUUCUUCAAUGGCAUUUGAGUUUAGAUUUAUUUGUGUUGUAUUCAUGAGUGAGGGCCAAGUCUGUGAUGUGUAUUGUUAAAGCUCUUUUCUAAGCAAAAGGAAAAACAGCAUUUACUGCCAGUUUUUGUUAAAGAAGAGUUUAUGUGUGAGUGUCCUACUUUUGUUAAUUUUCCUGUUCAAGGAAAGACAGUGCUUUAUACAUAUUAAGUUUACUUUAGAGUGCACUUUGCGCUGUGAUUUUGCAACAUACCUAAGACAUUUUAAAUGCAUCAUCUGUAGCAUUUACCGAAUUAAAUUGUCAUUCAACCAACA